AUGGUAACCCUUGAUCAGACGGUUUGUAACACGCCCAACAUCGACGUGGCGCGGAAUGGCCCAGUCAUCCCAAUCCGUCCUUUUCUUCAGCUGGGGUUUGGCCGCGGGGUGGGGGUGGCGUGCCAUCGGGGGGACUGGCGCAACUAUGUCGAGAACACGCUGGAGGCGGUGGAGAGCUGCAUCGCGAUGGGGGCCGAUCUCGUCGAGGUCGACGUAUGGCGCACGAAGGACGGGCACCUCAUCGUGAUGCACGACGAGAUGCUGGAUCGCACGAGCAAUGGGAAGGGGCGGAUUGGUGAGCACACCUUGGCCGAGAUUCGCGCGCUGCGCCUGAAGGACGGGCUGGGGAAUAUGACCGACUUCACCAUCCCCACCGUUGAGGAGGUGCUGCUGCUCGCGAAGGACCGUAUCCUCGUUAAUCUGGACAAGGCGGAUGUGUACCUCGCUGAGGUGUAUGAACUACUGGAAAAGACAGGAAUGAUAUCACAGACGAUUCUUAAAUCCGAGUCCACUUACCAACAAAUGAUUGAUAAAUGGGGGGACAUAAUGGAGAGGGUCGUCUUCAUGCCGGUCUUCAACCUGACCCAGAAAACAACUCUGAAGGAGUUGCAGAACCUCUUCACACCACACCAUCAGCUGUACGAAAUCAAUUUCGAGAAGGAAGACCUAGAGAAGCUUCUCUUUAUCAAAAAAAUGGCUAUUCAGACGGGGUGUACACUCUGGAUCAACACGAUUUGGCCCACCAUUUGUGGUGGCCAUAGCGAUGAUCGUGCCCUCAAAGACCGGGACGCGGCAUGGGGUUUUGUGAUCGACGUCCUCGGGGCAGGUAUCCUGCAGACGGAUCGCCCGCAGAUGAUGUUAAAUUACCUGAAAAGCCGUGGAGACCACUAA